ACUCGACAACUGGAUACUCACCAUAUCAGUUAUUAUUUGGCAGAGAACCGAGAUUACCAACGGAUAAACCUGCAUCAGCAUUCACAUUUCGGAAGCCGAACGAUUAUUAUGAACAAUUGAGAAAAAAUGUGAAGUUAAUGCAUCGAUACGCACAUGAAAACAUGACAAACAGACAAAAUCAAUAUAAAAAACAUUAUGACAAGCAUCGAUCCGAUCCUAGAUAUUCAAUCAAUGAUCGUGUUUUGAUUCGGAAACAUGGUUUGAAGAACAAGCUAGAUCCGAAAUAUUCAGUCACUCCUCAAAUUAUCGUUCGUGAGGAACAUCCUGUUUAUAUUGUGAAAGACGAAAUAACUCAGAGUGAAACGCGCGUACACAUAAAUGAUAUAAGACCCAUUUAUGUUCAAAACCGAACGAAUCGAUUGAAAGAACAGAACAAACAUUAA